UUCCUAUUUCUCUUUCUUUUUACUUCUUUUGAUUACCUUGUUUUCUCUUUAGUUUUAGCUAAAACAAAAUAGAAGUUAGACUUCUUAGCUGAGGUGAAAAAAAGAAGAAGAAGAAAGUUGGGUUUUUUUGUUUUGUUUAUUGGAGAAUUGAUUUUGAUCUGUAGUCAAAGAGCUGUUUGGAACUUGGAAGUUCUUGCUCUUGGUAAGUAAGGGGAUUGAGUUGUUUUGCUGUGAUAUUUGAUAAUUGUGUUGAAGUUUUGAGUAGUUUUUUAUAGUGAGAAAAAAAGAUGGGUGUUGGAUUAGUAGAGAUUGGAGUUGAAAUGAGGAGAAUUUUGAUGUUUUCAAUUAAAGGAUGUUAUGUUACAGUGUUAAAACAUCCUUUUCUUGUGAGUAUGCUGUGUUUCAUAGUUUUUUUGUAUAGAUCUUUCCCAUUUCUGUUUUCAAUAUUGUUAGCUGUAUCUCCAGUUCUUGUUUGUACUGCUGUUCUGCUUGGAACUUUACUAAGUUUUGGUCAGCCAAAUAUACCUGAAAUCGAAAGGGAGGAAAAAACAAGUAGUCAUGAUAUAGUGCCUUUGAGAACUGGUGUAUUGUAUGAUACUACUCAUAUUGAGAGUGCUGAAGAUAGUUACUAUGUGGAGAGAUUUACGGAGAGGGGCCUCGUAGAUCAGUCGAUUGAUAAGAUCAGUGAUCUUUCCCCUCUACUUGUGGAACGGUCUCGAGAUUUUCAAUUUGGGAAUGAGGGUUUUGAGGAAGCAGGAAGGGAGUUUCAUGAGCAGAACUAUGAAGAGAAACAUGGUGAUGGGGAACUUACAGAGAGUCAAUACUCUCCGAUUCCAACGGUUGAUGAGGGUUUUGAGGAAGCAGUGAGGGAGUUCUAUGAACAAAACAAUGAAAAGAAUGAAGAGGAACAUGAUGAUGGGGAACUUCUAGAGAGUCAAUACUCUCCAAUUCCAACGGUUGAUGAAGAUUUUGAGGAAGCAGAAAGGGAGUUUUAUGAGCAAAACAGUGAAAAGAGUGAAGAGAAACAUGAUGAUGGGGAGCUUAUGGAGAGUCAGUACUCUCCCAUUCCGACGGUUGAUAAUGAGAACAUUGAGUAUGACUUUGAUAGAUCAGAUUCCUUUGAUUCUAGAAGGGUGAAUCUUAAUUCUCUUCCUGGUUCCCCUUGGAAAAAGGAGAGGGAGGAAGAGGAAGAACAGGAGGAAGAGGAGGAUGAUGAUGACGAUGAGUCUUUUGAUUCGGAGUCUGAUCGAGCUGAGAGCUCUUCUCCAGAUGCUUCAAUGGCUGACAUUAUUCCAAUGCUUCAUGAGCUCCAUCCGCUUUUGGAUGAAGACACUCCUCAGCAUGUUAGUUUGUUGCAUGAUGGUUCUGAUGGUGCUUCAGAUAGUUCUGGUAAGACCACUGAGAGUGAUAACGAAUCUGAUGAUGGUGUUGAAAAUCAAGAAGAGCUAGAAGUUGCAGACGACGAGAAUGAAGAUGGUGAAGAUGAUGAAGGAAAGCAAGAUGAGGAAGAUAUAAGUAAGUCAGCUAUUACAUGGACAGAAGAGGAUCAGAAGAAUCUAAUUGACUUGGGAAGCUCCGAGGUCGAAAGGAAUCAACGGUUGGAGAAUCUUAUGGCAAGGAGAAGAGCACUGAAGAAAAUGAGGCUGGUGAUGACCGAAAAGAAUUUGAUUGACUUGGAAAGUGCUGAUCUUCCAUUCAACAUCCCGUCCAUUUCUACAGCAAGAAACAAUCCAUUUGAUGUUCAUAAUGAUAACUAUGACCUUGGACUGCCACCAAUCCCAGGGUCUGCUCCAUCUGUUUUAGUACCAAGGCGAAAUCCAUUUGAUCUUCCUUAUGACUCAAGUGAAGAGAAACCUAAUCUUAUGGAGGACGAACAAGACUUUAUAACAUUUCAAGCAAAGGAUCCACUUUUCCGGAGGCAUGAAAGUUUUAUCGUAAGACCCUCAAUCUUCGGGCUGAACAGGCAAGACAAGCAAGAUAGCCAUUUGAGACCCUAUUUUGUUCCGGAGAGAAUGGCUACAGAGGGAACAAGCUACUCACCAUUUCAAAGACAAUCUAGCGAACUUAGUGAUUCGAAGGUGAGUUCUGUUCCUGAAACAGAAUCACUAAGUUCAGUUGAAGAUAUGGAAGACAGUAACCUCAUUGAAGGGCAGCUCAGACACAAAAGCCUUGAUCAAGAAGAACUGGAAUGCAGAAACCUCAUGGAUGAACAUAUCUCGGAGGAGCCAGAGCAUACUUCUGAGCAUGUCAGACAUGGAAGUCAAUCCUCCGAAGAAGUAGAGUCUUUGGUGCAGCUGGGAACUGUGGAAAAUCAGCAUGAAGCAGAAGAAACUUUGCUCCAGGAAGGAAGAGUGACCAGCGCAUUGGAACUUAAUCCAACCGAAAUUCAAUCCAAGCCAGAAACUUCUUAUCAAAGAUACAGCAGCCAAUCUAGCUCCUCAUCGUUGGCAGAAGUGAGUGAAAGGGUCUUCAUUGAUAAAGAAGGAGAAAUGAGAUCAAGUUUCGAGGAGACAAUGGGACAUAUUGAACAAAAUGGGAUCUCCAGGCAAGCUUCAUUUGAUGGACCUGAUUUCCACAUCACAAGCACUUCAGUAGAUCAUACUCCACGCGAACACCCUAUUUAUGAUUCCAGUCCUUCUACUAUUAGGGAAAACAUAUUUUCAGCCUCCUUUUCUUCAGAUCAGCAUGUGGAAUCUGAGACAGUGUUUCCUCCUACAUUGGUUGAAAGAACUAUUUCAUUCGUAGAGAGGGAAUCUGAGGAAAAUAGUCAGGACAUUGAAAAAUCCCUUCCAACUAAUGAAGAGAUUUUGGCACCAGCAGAUGGCCAAGAAUUUCUGUCAAGAGAGGUGGUAUGCCAAAAUGAGCUCGAUGUUGCGAAGGCGGAGAUUUCUGAAGAUGAUGAAGCCUUUGGCGGUGCAAAUGCCCUUCCGGUGCCUGAGUUGGUCAUCGGUCAGACAUUUAUUGACUCGGAAUCAUCAGCAGACGAAGAUAUUGGGCAUAAAGACGGAGCUAUUGAUCAUGCACAACAUCAAGUUUCUUCUUCAAGAUUUGAUGCAGAUACCUAUAUUGUGUCUCAACUUGUUGUAGACCACGCCGUUGAAUCCCUUUCAACAUCCUCAGAUCAUCAAAACAUUCGCCAGAUGGGUGAUGAACAGCGUUUUCUGAUCGCAGAGGUUCCACUUGAUCAACCAGUUAUGCCUUCUUUGGAGAAGCAAUCUGUGGAGGAUGUGACUGAGAAGGAGGAAUCUAUAGUCUCUGAACAGCAUGAUCUUCCCUCAUUGGAUGCUGUUGAAAGUUCGGUUACUGAUGCUCUGAGUGAAGUGGAUGAAACACAGAUCUCAGUUGGACAUCAAUAUGCUUCUACAGAGAGGUCCAUCUCACAGUGUGAAGAAGAAUUGGCAUACUCAGACAAAUCCAUUGAUGAACAUCCAUCAGAUGAUAAGGAAGUAAAGGAGACACCAGCUAUCCUGGUUGAGUCAAUUGAGGAAGCAAGCACCACUGAGACCUUGAAUGUUUCAGAAAUCCAUGACCUUGAUGAUGGAAUUCCUAUUAUCAGCUCCCCACGUACUCCCAACUCUAUUUCCAAUCUGCAUGAGGUUGUUGAGGCCCCAAGAGGUGCUAGUCUAUCAGGUCUAAAGAACAUGAUCCUCGAGGAAAAUGAUAACCAGAUCAAAGUCUUGGAAAACUAUGUAUUGCCACCAGAAGCAGCUGAUUUUCAGCAUGACGAGCUAUAUAUAGUUGAAGAAACAGAUGGUAUUGAGGACAUUGAUGAGGCAUUUCUCUAUGAAUUAGAUACAGUUGGUGACUUUAGCAUCAACGAGCUGGGAUCAAGCCAGAAUGAGUUCGAGAGACGAAUCAACUCCACUGGAGAGGGUUUGUCUGCAUUCCCCACUGUUGAUUCUGGCACUCCAGAAGUUGCUGAAGAGGCCUGUGCUGAAGUUCAUGAAAGAAAGUUUCCGUUGCACCCUGAUAUUUUAAACGCAUCCACAUUUGAAGAGAUUGAUAAGCAUGAAGAAAAGGAGUGUGCUUCAGAAAUUCAAAAAUCUGGAAUGAGCAUUAUUGAUCAUCUUGAUGCAUCUUAUACAAAAUUUGCUGAAGGAGAAGUUCAUAAUGCUGUUGAUGUUAGAUCAAUUGAAGGAGGACUCCCUGCGGAUAGUGAUAUUGGGCCUUCAGAUUCCAUGAAAAAACUUAAUUUGGAUGCUCAAGAGAUAGUUCCGGAAAUGACUAUAGCUGAAGCUCAAAACUCUGUCUUUGAGGUGGCAAAUGCAGAAUCUGCUCAAACUGGAGUGACUGAUUUGCCUCAAGAAGUUAUAGUCAAAGAGGAAACUGAUUCUGGUAUGCCAGUACUAGAAGCACAAACAAUUCAAGAUAUUGAGUCAGCGUUUUGGCAAGUUUAUGAGAAAGAAAUGGAGAAAUCUAAUGUUUUUGAGCUAUAUAAUGCUGAAGAUUCUGGAAUGCCAGUGCUGGAAGCACAAACUGUUGAAGAUAUUGAGUUAGCAUUUAGAGGUACUUCUGAGAAAGAAACAUUGAACUCGAAUGUGUAUGAGCUACCUAAUGCUAAACUAGUAACUGAAGAAUCUGGGAGUUCUGACAAUUCAGCGGUGUUUGAAGUGUCAAGUUCAGUACUGAACGAUUCUGGAAUGCCAGAGGUGGAAGCACGCACAAUUGAAGAUAUUGAGUCAGCAUUUGGAAUUAGUUCUGAGAAAGAAAAGGAGCAUUUGAAUGUGGUUGAGCUUCCUAAUGCUAAGCUUGUAACUGAAGAAUCUAGAGAUUCUGACGAUGCUGCGGUGUUUGAAGUGUCAAGUUCGGUGAAGGAAGAUUCUGAAAUGCCAGUGGUGGAAGCACAAACAAUUGAAGACAUUGAAUCAGCAUUUAGAAUUAGUUCUGAGAAAGAAAUAGUGCAUUCGAAUGUGCUUGAGCUGCCUAAUGCUAAGCUUGUAACUGAAAAAUCUGUUAAUUCUGACGAUGAAGUGGUGUUUGAUGUGUCAAGUUCAGUACAGGAAGAUUCUGGAAUGCCAGUAUUGGAAGCACAAACAGCUGAAGCUAUUAACUUGACAUUUAGGCAAAUAGGUGAGAAAUCGAAUGUUCUUGAGCAACCUUUUGCUGAGCUAGCAACUGAAGAAUCUGGGGAUUUUGAUGACGCAGUGGUGUUUGACGUGUCAAGUUCAGUACAGGAAGAUUCUGGAAUGCCAGUAUUGGAAGCACAAACAGCUGAAGCUAUUAACUUGACAUUUAGGCAAAUAGGUGAGAAAUCGAAUGUUCUUGAGCAACCUUUUGCUGAGCUAGCAACUGAAGAAUCUGGGGAUUUUGAUGACGCAGUGGUGUUUGACGUGUCAAGUUCAGUACAGGAAGAUUCUGGAAUGCCAGUACUGGAAGCACAAACAGCUGAAGACAUCACUUUAGCAUUUAGGCAAAUAUCUGAGCAAGAAAUUGAGAAAUCGAAUGUUCUUGAGCAACCUAAUGCUAAGCUUGAAACUGAAGAAUCUGGAGAUUCUGACAAUGCAGCAGUGUUUGAUGUGUCAAGUAGAGUACACGAAGAUUCAGGAAUGUCAGUACUGGAAGCACAAACAGUUGAAGAUAUUAACUUAGCAUUUAGGCAAAUAUCUGAGCAAGAAAUAGCUGAGAAAUCGAAUAUUAAUGCUGAGCUAACAACUGAAGAAUCUGGGAAUUCUGUCAAUGCAGCAGUGUUUGAAGUGUCAGAUUCAGUGCUGGAAGAUCCUCAAAUACAAACUGCUGAAGAUAUUAACCUAGCAUUUAGGCAAAUAUCUGAGCAAGAAAUAGAUGAGAAAUCAAAUGUUCUUGAACAACCUAAUGCUGAGCUAGCAACCAAAGAAUCUGGGAACGUUGCAGCUGCAGCUGAAGUGUCAAGUUCAGCGCUGGAAGAUUCUGAAAUGCCAGUGCCAGAAGCAGAAACAUUUGAAGAUAUUGACAUGAUAUUUAGGAGAAUAUCUGAGAAAGAAAUGAAGAAAUCUAAUGUUCUUGAGCAACCUAAUGCUGAGCUAGCAGCUGAAGUAUCUGGGAGUUCUGACAACACAGUGGUGCUAGAAGCGUCAAGCGUGACACGCAAUAUGCAAUUACCAAUUCUUGAAACAAGACCAACUGAAUAUUUUGAUUUGGAUCAUGAAAAACUUUCUGAGAGUGAUGAUGAGACACUCAUCCAUCAUGAUUCUGUUGGUGGUGAUGAGCAUCCUGGGGAAUCCGAAGAUGUAGGAGCUUCUUCAGAUUCACAAAACGUCGAAACAGACUUGGCUUUGAAACAAGUCUUGGAAGGAAAUCUGGAGAAACCCCUGAACUCCACUUCUGAAGGUGAGUCAGCAGAAGCGAAACCAAUUGAAGCAGGCUCAUCCAAUGAUAUGGAAUCAAGUGUUAGAGGAUCUAAUUUACUUGAUUUUGGUGAAGGUGAAACUGAAAAAGGUGAUCAUGAAGUUGUACUAAAAGAAGCAAAGACAUCAACAGCUGAAAAACCAGAUCAUGCUGUUGAUAUGCCUGGUACAUCUGAUGUUAAAGGCAAGAAGGACAAAUCCCACGAGACGGGAUCAAGCUCAAGCUCAAGCUCAAGCUCUGAUUCAAGUUCAAGCGACUCCGACAAAGAAUGAAGAUGCUCAGGAUGAUUGACUGACAAAAAGGAGUUAAAGGUGGUUUACAAUUUUGUGUUUAUUGCAUUAGUAGUUUGGGUUAUUGCAUGGUUUGGAGUGGCUUGUGAAAUGAUGGACUCCUUCAAGAAUGAGUUUUGGUUUGAUUUCUUGAAGCAUUCUUUUCUUCUUAUAUUUUUUUUCAUCUUUUCAGCAGUUUUUGGAGAUUGUUGGAAGAAAAGGUUUUGUUAAACUUGUAUAUGGAGUUUGUAAUUUUUUUGUAUGAAGCAGUUUAUGUUGGACUGCUAUCCUGAAAGUAAUGGCAAGCAUGACUCAUUGCCUUUCAUUUUGCUGUUUUCUU